AUUGUCCGGUCCUUGAAUCUGAUUGGCUGUCGCCGUUAUGGAGUUUUCAAAUCGCAGCAGCAGCUGCUGACGGAGCUGUCAAAACAGUCGACGGGAGGAGAGCGUGGCCGCUUUCUGGAGGGUUGAAGAAAUGAGGACAAGCGAGUUUGACUCUUCAUCCGAAGACGAGGAGGUUGGAGAGGAGCAGCUGACUCCUUUCCACAUCUCCUGGUUACCUCUCGCCAUAGUGGAGAGUUCACAGUUUCUUGGAAUAUGUGCACUACCAGGUUGCAAAUACAAAGACAUCCGCAGGAGCUUGCAGAGAGAUGUUGAGGAGCUCCAGAACCAGGGGGUGCAGGAUGUGUUUGUUUUCUGCACCAGAGGAGAACUCCACAAGUACAGGGUUCCCUCCCUGCUGGACGUCUACCAGCAGCGGGGUUUCACGGUCCACCACAUGCCUUUCCUAGACGGCGACGCUCCUGAGCUGGAGCAGUGCUGCCAGAUCCUCGACGAGCUGCAGGUCAGCCUCGAGAACAACAGGAGGACAGUGAUCCACUGCUAUGGAGGCCUGGGACGAUCUGGACUAAUCGCGGCCUGUUUGCUGCUGCAGCUCUCAUUAACCAUGACGGCCAACAAAGCCAUCGAAAUCCUCAGGGAGCACCGAGGAGGAGGAGCGAUACAAACUGUGAAGCAAUACAACUUUCUUCACGAGUUUCGGGACAAGUACUCUGCCUACCAGGAAACCAGAGGAGCUUCCACAGAGCGAUCAGUGUCUCGAUGAUCAAACUACAGCAACACAAACCGUGCAUUGAUCUUUUCAAACGUGCCCGUUGGUUCGUGGUUCUUUUUCCUUUUUCUUUCUCUCUCGCUUGUGAUAUAAUUGUAUUCUCUAGGAACUGCACUUUAAAAGAAUACUCUAAUAUAUUGCUUUCUUUCAUCAACAUUAUAAUCAAAUAAAACACUUGAUGAGGA